ACUAUUCAUCUCAACAUUUGGAGAUGGAGGGACAGAGACGAGAGGGAGCAGAAACUGAGGGGGAAGGAAACCCCUCCCUCCCGCCCUUGAGAGACCAUUAGUGACCCACAGAGCAGCUGCGUGUAGCAAAUCCACUAACACCCACAGCUGUCUCUCUAGUUAUUCUUCCCUGGGAGACGCAGCAACGAACCCCCUUUUUGUUGUUAAUGAAUUGCUGAAUGUUUCCUGCUCAGCUCACUGGUUACCUAAUUGACUUAGCCGAGCCUGGGAAUCCAGCAGGAUCCGUGGCAGCAUAGUCACGCUGCCCUCUUCGCUUCAGAAAUCCAGCCCUGGAUCUGGCAAGGAAGCAGCUGUCACAGGGGUCAGCGAGGGAGAGAGACAGGAAUUCCUCUGCAGGGUUCAAGAAGCAGAAGAAUUUGGGGGCUUGGCAAGCCUUUUACCUUAAAUGAAGGCCCGAUGGAUGUUUGCUUUGCCUAUAACCAGCUGGGUCUGAAUGGCCUGGCUCCUGUGCAUGUGGAAACCUGCAGAAGAUUUUUACCUAACAGAGCUGAAAGUCUGAGAUUUAAAAAUAAACAGAAAUACAGCGUAAAUAUUUAUUUAUUUGCCAGCCACUGUGUUUAACUUAGUGGCAAACAGCAUCCAUUAAACUUUGAAAAGCUACUUCAGAGAAACACUGAGCUACACCGUCAAGUGUGGGAGCAGGGAAAGCAUUGCAUGGCAGAAGGAUGCAAGCUGGGAUGUAAAUGGAUUUGACUCUAUUAUUUCUUAACCCUCCCAGUUCAUUUAGUUGUGUUUUUCCCCGGCAGACUUUCUCCUAUGACAGAAGGUUGAAAUUGCAAGAGCUGUAUCUUCUGCUUGUUUGUUAUGUGGUGUUCUUGUUUUGUUUUUGGGGGGCGUUCUGAAUAUUCUAUAUUCCAACCCGUUUCCUCCUCCAGCCCUCCCGGGGAGAGAGGGCAGCCUGCUGUGGAAUAGAACACUUCUGAGAGCUAAAGUGGGGAGGGAAUUUCCGCAACCAAAAUAAAGCGAGGACGCUAUGCAGGUUUCUUUUGUAUGCUCAGAGCACAGCAUAAAGAGCCGGAGUGCAGAAGAUCGACUGAACAGACAAAAUGCCAGCAGUCCCAGCCUUGGCACGCGUAGCAAAUUCCGAGCAGUGGCCAUGGUUGCCCGGAGUCUGGGGCAGCUGUCUGUGCAAAAUGCUCCAUCCUCAAGUGAAUCCAGCGUGAAACAGCCAGGAAUGAAAUAUAGAAAUCUUGGGAAAUCAGGGUUGCGAGUAUCCUGCCUUGGCUUAGGAACAUGGGUGACGUUUGGAGGGCAGAUUACAGACGAGAUGGCGGAACAGCUGAUGACUUUAGCGUACGACAAUGGCAUUAACCUGUUUGACACAGCAGAAGUCUAUGCUGCUGGGAAGGCUGAAGUUGUGUUGGGAAAUAUUAUUAAGAAGAAGGGUUGGAGGCGCUCUAGCCUGGUCAUCACAACCAAAAUCUUCUGGGGAGGAAAAGCAGAGACUGAGAGGGGACUGUCCAGAAAACACAUCAUAGAAGGUCUGAAGGCUUCCUUAGAACGGCUGCAGUUAGAGUACGUGGAUGUUGUGUUUGCGAACAGACCAGAUCCCAACACACCCAUGGAAGAGACGGUGAGAGCAAUGACCCAUGUUAUCAACCAGGGAAUGGCCAUGUACUGGGGAACAUCGCGCUGGAGCUCCAUGGAGAUCAUGGAAGCAUACUCAGUGGCACGGCAGUUUAACCUAAUCCCGCCGAUUUGUGAGCAAGCCGAGUACCACAUGUUCCAGAGGGAGAAGGUGGAGGUGCAACUCCCUGAGCUCUUUCACAAGAUAGGGGUUGGCGCCAUGACCUGGUCCCCGCUGGCCUGUGGAAUUGUUUCUGGAAAAUAUGAUGGUGGAAUCCCCCCUUACUCCAGAGCAUCGUUGAAGGGAUACCAAUGGCUAAAAGACAAGAUCCUGAGUGAAGAGGGAAGGAGACAGCAGGCAAAGCUGAAGGAGCUGCAAGCCAUUGCAGAGCGCCUAGGAUGCACCUUGCCACAGCUCGCGAUCGCCUGGUGUCUGAGGAACGAAGGAGUCAGCUCCGUUUUGCUCGGCGCUUCCAAUGCAGACCAGUUAAUGGAGAAUAUCGGAGCGAUACAGGUUCUUCCAAAAUUGUCCUCUUCCAUUAUACACGAGAUCGAUAGUAUUUUGGGCAAUAAACCAUACAGCAAAAAGGACUACAGAUCCUAACUGUGCCUGCUGUCCCCGGACUCUCUCGACUCCUAGUCUUCUGUUUGCUUGCUUGAGCUUUACUGAAGCCGAGGGAAGAGUGUGAUUGGCAUCCGAAGAUACCACAUGGCAAGAUGUUCUGAAGAAGUUGUUUACCCUGUUGCUGCAAGACGACAUAGGCUUAUUAUGCACCAUUUCUUUUGAAUGCAAGAAGAGUCCCAGGCUGGGAAGAUUUCAGGCCUCUGGGCUUCCUUUUUUAAAAGGAGAAACUACGUUUUUCACAAACGCACGCAGAAUAUCUCUGCUUUUCGUUGAUUCCAGCUCCUGUACGAUGUGCUUGAAUAUUCAGAUCUGACAAACACACCAUUUACCUGUAAGAAUUCUAGUCUCUCUGUUCCAAAAGCAACGCUGGCUUUACAAUGAUCUGGCUCCUGUGAGUGCGGAGGACUGUCUGUGGUAACCAUCUAAGAAUGUUAGAAACAGCUGUUCCGGGAGUACUGCCUGCAUCUCCCAGCUGGUUCUGUUCUUUAGUUUGCUCUGUAUCUAUUUCUGUUGGAGAAGAUUGAAUACUUCAAAAAAUACAAAGUGAAUCAGCCAAGUUGUUGGCAAGCAGCUGUAAGAGUUCAUGCUCUGCGAUUCGGUAGCCUCCCCAAGGCCCGCACUGGGGCCGGGGGUGUUUGUCACAAUGCUUGUUUUUAUUUUUCUGGUGCCUCAUAUUGACCUUCUGAGGUGGUGUUGCUAUUCGCACAAGGCCUGAGCCCACUCAGUUCCAAUCAGGGGGCUUUCUUUCCCUGUGAACAGGCUAUGUCCUCAGCCCAAGCACCUCUUGGCCUCAGUGGGCUUCCUGGGAGCUUUGCGGAGGACUGAGUGCAGGACGCAGUUUGUGACUUUGAACAGAAAUGGCGCGCUGGCAUUGAAGGCAUUCCAGUAAGAAUCCCUCACUGUGCUGGUGCUUUUCUCUCCGGCAGGCAGUGCUGUUUUAACACGAGCAUCUUGCUGGUUUCAUUACUUCCUCUGUCAUUCACUCAGGUCUAGGUUCUCAUUUACAACUAAUAUGAAGUUUUACAUGCACAAUGUUUAUACUAAACAUUUUAAACAGUGUAACUGUUUAGUAUGAAAGAGAGCAGAGACCUUCAAUUAAUCUCUGUCCAGAAAACAUCCUGCUUUAAUUUUAGAUGCUUGAUUUCCUUAACACCCAGAAUCUGUGAUAUUUCGUAAGCAACCUCUCAAACUGCUUGAGCCAGUCAUUGCUUUAAAAGGAGCAGGGCAGACAGGGAUUUAGUUUACAUGUGUUCAGUGGACAAUCAUGGAGUAUCAUUACCAGCUGCACACAGUAAAUGACGGUAAUGAGCAAUUUAAUCCAAGAGGAUGUCGGUCUAAGGAGUUCAAGCCACCAGACUUGCGGCUGUGUCUGGUCUGUGGCUGGGUGCUGCUCAGUAAUGUGGAUACUGCACGCUGGACUGAACAGCUGUAGUGCGUAUUUUUGAGAAUCUUUUGCCUUUGCAAACAAAAAAAAAUAUUUUUUGUAUGUUACAAAAUCAUUAUUCUUGUUUCAGAUCCCUGACUUGUGUGGGCUGCCACCUAAUAUGGUACCAACUUUCCCCUAAAAUUUCAGACUGCAUUUGUAGGUACUUGUUUCACUGAUGACAUAUGUGCACAGCUAUUACAGGGAGAUAGCUUGGUCUCGUUUGCCAGAUGAAUUACUUCGGUAGACUGCUAGGUUCCCCAUUUCCACUAAAGAUUAAUUUCAUCUUUAGACUGAUUGUGGAACCACUGAGUCAACUUGAUAUAACAGUCAACAAAUACAUAUUCAUUUCCUGUCCUAAACUCAUAGGUAACGUUGCUGGUGCCGUUAAACGGAUGCCACUUUCCACCCCAGAGGUGGCUGCAUUUCACUGUUGGCUAUAUGGAUCCCUUUGGGAUGUUUCUGCAAAUCGGAUGCUAUCGGAUAAGCAACUUCACACUAGGUGGUCUGAGAUGUAAAAGCCGCAGAAGUUUUGCAUUACUGUAGUAAUCGCAUACUUCAAUUUUUGGUAUAAUGUUGGUAGUAUUUUCUCAUAACCAUUGCAUAGAUAACCACAUGUUUAGACUACAGAUAAGAUUCUGUUCCAAACUUCCAGGAGCUAUCCCCUUGUUAAGUGCUGGAAUAAUUCUGCACCCUAAGGGUAGCAGAAACCUAUCUAAUUUGGAUAGUCUACAAAGCAGGCAGAAUAAUACUAAUGAACAAUGAUAAAGCAACGGUGGUGAGGAAUCACUGUUCCCUGGCAGGGGUUAAUGUUUUCAAGGACUCUGACUGCAUUUAUUUAGGUUUUACAAAUAUUAGUGCUUCUGUUCCCCUUUUUCUCUUUCAAGGGGCAGCUGGUCCAAGCGCUCCCCCAGCAACACUCAGGGAGCUGGGAACUUGCUCUGAAAAUGCAGUUGCAUUUCUUGCAUUAAUUGGCACUACCCAAGCAGUGCCUGUUUGGCAUUUGUACAGAGAUUGUGUGUGUACGUGGGUCACACAAACCUCUCUAGCACAGCAGGAUCAGAGCACUGCCCUAACCUACAAAAAAACCACAUGUCUAUUGGCAGAGCAUUUUAAAACAUCCCUCAGCUGUGUCCUCCCACCACCGUAGGUUACUGCAGUGGGAGGAGAGCCAGCUACCUUGUGGAAAGCUGAUUCGCUUGGACCAUUUUUGUCUUGCUCCUUUUUAAAAGGCAUUUCUGCACACCCCCUGGACUGGUCUUUUUACAGCUGGUGGUGUAGGCUCGGCCUGUCUCAGGUCCCAGCCUGGAGGUAGCUCCCGGGGCUCAGUCCCCAGUGCAGAAGGACAAGUUGUGAUUUGCACCAGUGCUGUUUAUUCCUGAUUGACUUUGCAAAUUAGAAUAUAAAUUACACCUGUGCAUGACUCUGCUGGUCUGCGGCAGGGGUCUGAACACCCACCCAUGGCUGUAACCUCACCAUACGACCAACGUGCUCAAUGCUGUCUUGCUGAGCCACUGCUGUUCCUGCCCCCCAUCCAGCCCCAGCCACAGACCCUGCCCUGUUGUAAUCAAACCCUGGUUAUGGCCAGCUGCCUUAAUGGUUCUCAUGCAGAAUGCUGCUCUGAGUGAGGACUGUGUACGGGGCUGCUUGGUGUUUCAGGCCUGAUGCUUGUUGCUACUGAAUUUAAAUUUCCUUUCAUGUUAGCGUUUGAGGCUGGAUUAAAAAUUGUACAGUUUUUAAGCUGCUGUAAAAAGGUGGUUGGCCAGUUGCAUGGGGUGUUCGCUUCCUGCAGCGCUGCAUGUUCAGGGGGGCGGGCUGUGUCCUGCAGGCAGGCAGGAGGGACGAGAGCCUGUCCCAGUACUCGCAGUGCUCUGCCAUACACCUGUGAGCAGGGGAAUAAACACCUGGCUUGUGGGCACUGCUUGGGCAUCAGCUGCUCUGUGAGUAGGCUAGUCAGCGAUUCAUUGCCUUUGGUGGUGGUGUUAAACCCCAAGCAGAAAUGCCCCAGGAAAGCUCAGAGUGUUGCUCCCCAGCGGCAGGGAGCGGGUUUGGCUCUCCCCAGCGUAAGGAAUGGGCAGAGAAAGUUCCCCGGCAGGGUGAGUGAAGGAUGGUGACAGUCUUGCCUACGAUUGCACUUUAGCAGCUGCUGUUUGUCUGGCUUGUCCAAUGUUAGCCCCAGCCCUGCCGUGUCCCCAGGGAGCGCUGUGGGGUGCUGCACCUGUUCAGGUGAACGUUACGCUAAAACGGGGAGGAACCACCCCCCGGAUCCCAACGCUUGCUCCUGUGGCCCUCGAGCGUCCCCUCCCAGAGCUGUUCAAGGGGGUUUCCACAACUUCCAGUUGCCUUUUCCGGUCUGAGCCUCCAUAUCCUACCCCAGGGGAUUUGCUUGGUUUCCUGUGUACUUUGUUCUGUGUACGAGGCAUGUAACGCAGGUGAGUUCUGGUGUGUGUGCUUUCCCCGUCAUGCAGCGAGCCCUGCUCUUUACCCUGGAAAACUCCCCUGCACCCAGUAGCUGUGAAUUACCAGCGCCAGUUAUUGUCCUGUCUUACAGCCAAUCCUUGUAUGUAAAUAAAGCGCUUUCUUUUGAGAGAGAGAGAGACACAGCGAGGGUUGUGAUGAUUACACUAGCUAGAACUGCAUAAAUGACAGGCCAAGCCAGCUGACUGCAUUGUGCUGCUGAAUGAUGAUUGCGACGGACAUUCAGCUACUGUAUUUAUGGAAUGACAAAAUAAAAGGCCAGCCUGA